CCAGGAUCAAUGAAAUCAUUCGCUCUAUUUAAGAUUGCGAAUAAUAAAAUGGUGUAUUGGAUCUUACACGAAGAAUAUUUCCUAGGCCAUUCUCGAAACGCAAACUGGGAAGGCGGGCGUUUGGUUUUCAUGAAGUCAUUACUGAAAAAAGCAUUAAGUCAAAUCGCUAUUGUUCCAGCUCUGCCUGAGUUUCGGAGACCUGAGGUACGAUGUAAGUCCAGUAGGAAGAACCAAAGUAGAGGCCAACUGAAACGUCUUCGCAAUGAAUUAUACCGAAAACGUCAUUCCAAAAAAGUUACUUGGAAAAUAUUUUCAAGUAAAAAUGACUCUCAGUCCAAACCUGACAAGUGCGGUUCUGUCAAACCUAAAAAUAUCAGCAAAGUCAAUCCUGAACUAAUAAAACUUGCAAAACAAAUAAAUCAAAGUAGGCGCGAGGUUUUCGAAGCAACAUCCAACAGGACGAUAAGCAAGAAGACAGAAAGUGUUCUCUUCAACCAAGAUUAUGAUCAUUUUAAGGAUGAUUUGAAGACUCUUAUAUGCUCAUAAUUUCCAUUAUAUAAUCAUGAUUUUCCGUAAUUAGUUAACUGGUUUCUUCAAUACCCAUUUUUUCAAAUGUACAGAUGGAUAACUAACAGCUAGAAAACUGGUGGGACGUAGUUGUAUAGAUACUUUAUUUUUACCGGUACGAACAAAUAUUAUAAAAUAAAAAAUGUUUCCUACUA